AUGCAUGACGCAAUCCAACGCAAAGAAAGUGCAGCAUCGAACGAACACUACACUUACGAGAAGCACCCCUACAGAGUAUACACAAAGGAAAUCAGUAUCAUCCACCUAAGCAUGUCGCUCUCUACCUCUAGAUUCUUCGCCAUCCUUAUCUUGGCCCUCUUUGGUUUCUCUCAAAGCUUCCAAAUUGCUACUCAACAAAGAAUUCAAAGACACAUCACCACUUCUUCUCAGCGUUUGUCUGCUGCGGGUCCGGCAACGUUGGAUCCCGAGACGAUCGAGAAAGUGGACAAGGAGGAUGCCAUAGAGUUCGAGGACAAAGAGGAUCCAGGAACCUGGGAAGUGCGUCUGUACAAUGAUCCCUUCAACAAGAGAGAAUUCGUUGCCCGUUGCUUGUCCACCAUUUGUGGAAAAUCAGAUACCGAAUCCUAUCAGAUUAUGAUGCAAGCACAUAAGAAUGGCAUGGGUGUCAUUGGUGUAUAUGCAUUUGAAGUUGCGGAAUUAUACUAUGCCAGUCUUCAAGACAAUGGCUUGAUGGUAGAAAUGGUCCCUGUGGGCGAUGACGACAAGUAA